CCCCCUUCCUUCUCUCUCUCUCUCUCUCUCACUCUCAAAAGGGAAAAAAAAAUCUAGAAGAUCGAUUUCACCAUCCUCGAAGUUUCUUAUAAUGGAUGAAGAUGGAUUGAGCAACCGGGAUUGGGGUUAUUACGACCAGUCUCAGUUCAGACCAAGUUUAGGUUUUCAACUAAUACCAAGUAUUGUUGACCGUAACGAGAAGCAGUUUCUCUGCCCUCAGAACCCAAACUUCAUAACCACCAAUAAUAGCUACUGUGGUGGUGGUAGUAGCAGCAGCAAUGUCAUGUCGUUUCCGCGCGAUUACACUUCCUCCGAUGCACCGUUCAUGAGCUACAGCUGGUUAAACCAGCACAGAGAUAGCAAGUUCUUUAACAACUUACCUAACCCUUCAAACCAUCACACGCUUCUAGAUCCCAGGGCUCAGCCAAUGCAGCUUCUGCAGAUUCCUAAACCCGAGGCGGGCGAGGUCUAUGAGUCUCUUAAGAGAAGGCAAUGCGGUGGUGGUCAGAGAGCUGAUCCCAAGGCAAAGAAAGAGAGGAAGCUGAAGGACAACAUUGUUCCGAGAAUGCAAAGGGAGAGAAGUCCUUUGAGGAAGAGCAUAGAGAUGGUGAUAAAUGGUGUUACAAUAGAUAUUGGUUGUCUACCAGUUCCGGUUUGCUCGUGUACCGGGUUGUCUCAACAGUGUUACAGGUGGGGUUGUGGGGGAUGGCAGUCUGCGUGUUGUACAACCAAUGUGUCAAUGUUCCCUUUGCCAAUGAACACUAAAAAGCGCGGUGCUCGAAUCGCCGGAAGGAAAAUGAGCCAAGGUGCAUUUAAGAAAGUUCUUGAGAAACUCUCUGCUGAUGGUUUCGAUUUCUCAAACCCUAUUGAUUUGAAGUCUCAUUGGGCAAAACAUGGAACCAACAAGUUUGUCACCAUCAGAUAGAGACCAAACCUCUGUCCUUUUUUUUUUUUUGUUUUUUCG